AUGGCCUCCAGCACGGCGUCCAAGCCGAUCCAGAAGAUCUUGGACUCGACGAAAAUCGCGUCCUUGACGAAAUUUGUACGCAAGCCGCCGGUCGACCCGAAUCAACAAAUCCAGGGAAAGCCCCGAGAGCCAAACUCCAAUGCAUUCAAGGAGCACAUGAAGCGGGAGGGCGUCCGGCUCCAGAAGGCGCUGAAUUCGAUCGCUCACGGCAAGCACAUCUUCGCUUAUCACAAUGUCCGCACUAAGCAGGUGGUCUACACCCUGACUCGGUAUCUUGAGAAAAACAACCUACUCCGCCAAAUGGUCUACCACGGCAAGAAGACUGUCCCUGCCGACAUCCGCCGCGAUAUGUGGGUUCCUUACUACUCCGUUCACUUCGGCGACGCGCGCCUCGGCCUGCGAGCCUAUCAACUCCUCCGAGAAUUCUCAAUGCAGCGCCAAUUCUCUCCCCCAGUCGAGAUGAUCACAGUGACAAAGGAGUUCUUGGCAUUGAAGCGGCCAAAGAACCCAUUGGAAGCAGAAGAAUUUGACGAGUUGAACAAGAAGCGGAUCGGCAAGCCGAUGGAGAAGAAGGAGCGUGCCCGAGUCCUCAUGGACCAGAAGGCCACCUCGGUGGCAGACAUUGCCGCUGUCCUGGCCAUCCAAGAAGAGGAAAUCGCGAACGGUCUUCUGGCUGAUGACGGAAAGCGUGGAUACCUGAGCAAGAAGGCCCGUCAACGCCGUCGUGAGGCCCGUCAGCGUGAGACUGAGCAGGCUGUGAAGAACAUCAUUCGGGUUGAGGCGCUUGAGCAGCAGCUGAGCGAAGGAAGUGGAGCGGAGGUCAAGAUUGCCGAGGAGGAUGGUGCGUACCCCGAGACUAUCGAGAAGGUCAAGCUCCUCUGGCGGGAUGUGCAUGAUGCGAAUCACGCCGCGACGUGGCCCAGCCAUGUCGAGCACGGUGAGCUGGAGCUCAAGCGUACCACCAUCAUUGGACGUGAGCGACAGCUCGAGGGCACCGAUGAGGUUGUUACGGAGCACGAGUUCAAUGAGCUGAAGAAGGAGUAA